CUCCUCCUCCUCCUCCUCCUCCUCCUCCUCCUCUUCUUCUCUCCUCUUCUCUCCUCCAGACCUCCGGCAGCAGCAGCGGCGUCUCCCCGGACAUGGAGACCCAGUAGAGGAGCUCCAGCGGCGGCUUCUCUCCCCCUCGUCGCUCCGGUGGAUGUUGGAUGCUACCAUGCGGUCUCCGCGGCUCUGGGCGGCUCUGUGCCUCCUCCUCACCGCCUCCUGCCGGCUGUGCGCGGCCGCCCGACACGGUUGUUUGUUUGAGAAGAAGCUCUGUCCCCGAGGUCAGCUGUGCAACGAUGACGGUUUGUUCGGACAAUGCCAGGACCCUCAGCAGGAGCCCGUCCAGUACCAAGUCUCAGUACCCAUCCUGCACAAACUACAGGAGGUCCUCAAAGACCUGAUGGUUCAGGGUCUGACCUGGAAGGACGACGUGACUCAGGCCAUCAUCGGCCGAGAGUUGAGUCACGUCCCCACCGUCGGCGGCUCGCGGUCCAAACUUCCUGAGAGGUCGUCCAAACAGUCCUCCAGGCUGAUGGGUCCUCAGAGAGUCAAAGGUCCAGCCGACCCCGACAGGAUGCAGCAGUACCUGGACUACAUGGUUCUGGAUCCGUCCCGGUCCUCAGUCCACAUGCAGACGCCUCUACUGGACCCCUACAGCUUCCACAAGCAGCAGUACGGCUACCAGGACGAGGAGGAACGUUCCCUCAACUCUCUGGAUGACAGCGCCGGCUUCCCGUCGUUUCCCUCGUCCAGGUCCAGAACCAGAGGAAGCCCUUUGGACCGGGACCGGCAGCUUCUGGAGGACCUGCUGUCCCUUUACCUCACCUCUCCUUCCUCCUCCUCCUCUUCCUCACCCCACCGAGGUCCGGCUGCAGGCCUCCCCUCUUCGUCCUCCUCGUCCUCCUUCUUCCCGGACCUGGACUUCCCGCUGGACUACGGCGAGGACUUUGUGUCCCAGAUGAGCGAGCAGCCGGAGGAGGCGGAGAAGAAGGCGGAGAAGGAGUACGACGCUCUGUCAGGACUGGACGAGCGAUCUCUGCAGAGAUUGGCUCUGCUGCUCGACCACUACGGCCUCGACAUGAAGGAUCUGUCUCCGGAGCAGAUGAACAACCUGCCGGCUGCUCUGAAGCAGCUGCAGAUGGAAAAUUCCUACGGAUACAAGCAGAGCAAAGAUAAAUACGGAAAUAACGCUGCAACAGGGAAGAAGGUCACUGAGGGCUCGAUGGCCUACAAAAUGGCCGCCCAGCAGGCUCCGCCCUCCACCGCCAAACCACAAGGAUCCGUGAAGGAGGCGACUCCCAGUGAAGCGGCCAAACUGGACAAACUGGGACAGGAGCAGCCGGUCGACCAGCAGAAGGAGUUCGGCUACAUUGUGGCCAAUCAGAGCCCCCUCAGUCUGAAUCAAGGGGUUCACCUGCUGCAGCUGCUGUCAGAGAGGAUCGGUCUCUCCAGCGGCUCCUUCAUCAACAUCAGUGUGGUCGGACCCUCCAUCACCUUCAGAAUCAGACCAAACUCCAAGAACCUGACGGCUGCAGACGUGGCAGAAAAAGCUGUUGCAGAGAAGAACUUCCUGGAGUCUGAAACAGGUCUGAAGGUUCUGCAGAGCGGCGUUGGAGAGAAGAAUGAUGCGAAGGCGUUGCCCCUGGCAACCAGAGUCCAGCCCGGCUCCCGCUGGGUGUUUGCCACCCUGGUGGCCAUGGCCUGCAUCGGCGGCAUCCUGGUGGCGGCCAUGACCGUCGCCUGCCUCCGUCACCACGCUCACCGCCUGGCAGCCAAGAAGCUGGGCCUGGGACCAGAGGGAGGCAGCUUCAGCCACCAGGAGUACCAGGUGAGGACAAGAUAAACACGUUUACCUCCA